AUUCCUUUGUGUGGUUUGUUUGUCUCCUGUGUUGACGCGAACAGCGUUUCCAGUGAUUUGAGAGCUUUGCCGGGGGACGAGGACUUCCAGUCGCCGUACCCUUCAUUUUCAGGUACUGAACUCCGUUCUGCGAAUUGCAAGCUUGCGCGAAACGUACCUCGCAAUCCAGCGGCAUCCCCGAUGAAACAGAUACCUGUUUCAACCCUCUCCGCUUAAAACGAAGAAAAAGCGCUCCAGAGAGUUUUGAAACCGCGCUCUGACGCAGCGUUUGUGUCCGUUGAACGUACAUAGCUUUCCGUAUCUCCCGCUUGUGUGUCCGGUGAGGACCCCCCUGCAGACCAUUUACCAGGAACAGCUGGAUUUAGUCGCGUUUUAGCAUUUGUACCCCAGCAUACAGCCAUGGCGCAGAAACCUGGCUCCUCAAAUGGCAAAACUGUCCGGCCGUCGCGCUUUGUGGAGGACGACGAGGUUUCUGAUGGAUUCGUCGCGCCGCCCGGAGACGCCGUCCGCGGAGCGAAACUGUUCAAGAAACACUGCGCUCAGUGCCACUCGAUCUUUCCUGACGGCAGACAUUUGAUCGCCGGUAAUACUUCGUGGGGACCCACUCUCUGGAAUGUCUACAUGAGGACAGCCGGGGUCGAGAAAGACUCCUCGUGUUCGCCCAUCAGCUCCCAUAUCCUCGAUUCCGGCGUCGUGUGGAAUGAUGCGAACCUCAUGAGGUACAUGAAAAACCCCAAGAUGUUCAUCAAUGGUGUAGUCGGCAUGAACUUCUUUGGAAUUGCCAACUUCCAGGAUCGAGUUGACAUCAUUCACUACCUCAAAACGUUAACUUGGAACCAUCCAAAUGGCAAGAAGAUCCUUGACAUCAUGUCCUCGGAAAAGGAUUCGUAAUAGGGUGGUUGGCAGUACCUGCGGCGGUGCAAAUGAACAAGAAUUCUCGUUCAGGGCAACGACUCUGACGAGCGUGCAAAAAGCGUGUGUCAAUUGCAUCUGUCUUGCGUGAGCAUUUCUAGGGAAAUAUGAGGUGCAUCGUCCCGUUUUUUUCCUAGGUUGUGAUGUUUUCUGUCUCGCGGCAGUAAGGCCAGCGAGAGGCGCUCGCAUUUGUCGCAGCAUCCUGUGCUUUCCUUUCACGCUUUAGAGCCCCAAAAGCGAUCACUCGAUCCUAGCUAAUAAGGAAAGCAGCAAGCCACC